GUGAAGAAACGCAAGCUAUUCAAAGACGACAUAUAAGAGAUUCAACUAAUCCAUUGGAUUUAGACAACAAAAUGUAUGUUUAUGUACCUAUUUUAUUUUAUUAUUUAUAUAAUAUGUACACAUUUUUUAGGUUUAUCCAGAAUUUCAGAUUAUCGAAGGAAGCUUUUCGAGAUUUAUUGAAUGAAAUAGAAGACCAACUUAAAAUAACAAAAACUGAACGCGCUGUACCUAAUAUCAUAAAGCUGGCAUGUGCUUUAAAAUUUUGUGCACAAGGAAGCUAUCAACUGAGCGUAGGCAACGAUUUUAAUUUAGGUUUAGCUCAACCUACUGUAUCAGUUUGUUUAAAAGAGGUGUUCAACGCAGUUGAAAAGCGUUCAUGUCCGAAGUGGAUUAAAUUUGAGUACAGUAAAGAGGAAGAACGACGUGCCAAAAUUUAUUUUUACGAAAAAACGGGCUUCCCAAAUAUUGUGGGUUGUAUAGAUGGAAGUCACAUAAAAAUAAUAAGUCCAAAAGAAGAAGUAAAACAUUUAUACUACAACAGAAAAGGAUUUUGUAGUUUAAAUGCAUUGAUAGUAUGUGACCACGUAAUGAACAUACGUUAUGUGAAUGCCAAAUACCCAGGAAGUUAUCACGAUUCGCAUAUUUGGAACGUGUCAGCUUUAAAAGCUAAAAUUGAGAGUGAUUAUCGUAGUGGACGAAAUGAUUUUAAAUUUCUGGGAGAUUCAGGAUAUCCCUUGGCACCAUAUAUGCUAACACCUUUCAGAAAUACUGAGGAGGCGUCUUUGGAAGCUCGUUUCAACAAAAAUCAUGCACAAGGGCGGAAUAUCAUAGAGAGAACGAUUGGUUUACUAAAAAGUAGAUUUCGUUGCCUGCUAGGUGCAAGGGAGCUACAUUAUACGCCUCAGAAGGCAACGCAAAUAGUCAAUGUUUGUGUUGCACUCCACAACAUUUGUUUGAAAUAUAACAUUGCAUUAGAUGAUGAAUUGGAUCAUACAGUAAUUGGUUAUGAAGAAAGUAACGAAAUUCCGGAAGAAGAAUCAAAUAGACUGAAUGAAGGAAGACGAAUGAGGGACAAUAUAUUACGGUUACUGUAA